GAAUAGAUUGUAUAAGACAUGAAUCUCAACAAAGCAAAGUCGGUUUAAACUCUGCAUCACCAGUAUAAAAGCCGUAAAGCCCCACCAUACUUGCGUCCCGCCCCGCAAUUUGUUGCCCGUUACACCUGUCAAUCUGCACAAGUAAACACUAUACACACAAGGAAACAACAACUAUGCGAUUGCACAUGCGCAACUAAAGCCAAUUACUCCAUCUUUUUAGAGCUUAGCUCAGACUUUGCGCAUUCCUCUUCCUCUACUCACUCUUCAACUAUCAACCUGAAAUAACCACCGCGCCCAAUGGCGACCACAACAACCUCAACCAACGCGGCCACAUACGGGGACUGCGUAGCCGCGCUUCGCACCUCGCUCUCCUUCCUCGAAUCCUCCGUCUCUACCCUCGGCACCGGCGUCGCAGACUACCCUCGCCUCGUCACCGUGCUCAAGAGCGUCCGCCACUACGAACUAAUCCCCCAACCCGCCCUCGUCGCCGCCGAGGCCUCUCUCCGCGACGAAAUCGGCCCCGCCAUAACAACCCUCCUCGACCGCGCCGACGCGCACAUCGAGCGCGCGGAGCGGCGCAUCGAGGCUUUACGGGCGCGGUCGGAGCUGCAGCAGGGGCGCAUGCAUUCUACUUCCUCCAACUCCAACCCAACACCUACCUCCUCCACCGCCCGCAACAAAGGCAAAGGAGGCGCCGCAAGACGAAGAACCGAAACCGAGGGCAAGCUCAAGGCGCGGCAGAAGGAGGCCCUGCAGUACAGCGUCGAGCGCCUGGAGCUCGAGGUCUUGCAGAAGGAGCGCGAGCUGCGGAAGAGGCUGGAUGCGGCUACUUGAGGGAGGGGGUUUGUGCCCCACGGUGUAAUGAAGUAAUAUGGCGAGAUGGAUAUAUAUACCUGUACUACGAGGAGGUAGCACUACGGUCCCGUUUAAAAGGGGCGAAGUUGUAUCCACGCACGAAAGAGCCGCGAGAUACUAAGGGUGGGUAUGAAUCCUUAUAACUACUCCUAAACUUCGGCAUACUCUAGAUACCUCAGGCUAGGACGGGAAGGUAAAUCACGGCGCGCGGCACCUAUCCGCUAUGACGGUUCUCCGCGACUGUGGGGAGAUUGGUUGGCCUUCUGUGUCAGACUGCUUGUACUAGCUAUUAUGUAGCAGUAAAGACGUUGACGACUUAUAAAGAGCUACAGUCAUAUAAGGGAAGCGAAGAGAUAGGAAAUGCCCAGAAAUAGAUAUUAUCUGAGGAAGACGUGGAGGAAGGUAUUAGGACUGGUACGCUCGUCAAGGAAGAAUAUCAUAAGUUGCUGGGGAAUUAUGUAGUUUGACCUAACCUAAUAAAAAAACUACGCCUUUUGACCGCUCCUCAUCACGGUCUAAGC